AUGAGACGUGCACCAGGGGCUGACGGCGGCGACGUCAUGCGGCUCUUGGCCUCACUAGUGUGCAGCUGUGACAACACGGCUCUUCCUGCUGUAGGAAACCUGUUCUCAGAGGAUUCACCAGUCACUCCUCGUCACAACUGCUCCUUUAUGAUGCGGACGUGUGGAGCGAUACAGGACCAGGCGGACCACUGCUCUGGACCCUCAUUUCAGAAAAACCACCAGCCUCAAAACCCAAAACAGUACACUGGCACAGGUCUGUGCCCACGCAGACACCUCUUUCCUCCGUGCCCACGCAGACACCUCUCUCCUCCGUGCUCACGCAGACACCUCUCUCUUCCGUGCUCACGCAGACACCUCUCUCCUCCGUGCUCAAGCAGACACCUCUCUCCUCCGUGCUCACGCAGACACCUCUCUUCCGUGCUCACGCAGACACCUCUCUCCUCCGUGCUCAAGCAGACACCUCUCUCCUCCGUGCUCAUGGAGACACCUCUCUCCUCCGUGCUCACGCAGACACCUCUCUCCUCCGUGCUCACGCAGACACCUCUCUCCUCCGUGCUCACGCAGACACCUCUCUCCUCCGUGCUCAAGCAGACACCUCUCUCCUCCGUGCUCAUGGAGACACCUCUCUCCUCCGUGCUCACGCAGACACCUCUCUCCUCCGUGCUCAUGGAGACACCUCUCUCCUCCGUGCUCACGCAGACACCUCUCUCCUCCGUGCUCAUGGAGACACCUCUCUCCUCCGUGCUCACGCAGACACCUCUCUCUUCCGUGCUCACGCAGACACCUCUUUCCUCCGUGCUCACGCAGACACCUCUCUCCUCAGUGCUCACGCAGACACACACUGCCUGGAACAUGUCUCUAGGUUUUAGGUCCUAUCCGUGUCCAUGUUCAUCUGAGGCGACCGUAACAGGACUGAUGCUGUUGUCAAAAGCAGAAAUAAGGUUCAGAUUCCAGAUAGUGCUUUUGUGA